UGGGGACGCCGGCUGUGGUUUGCGUCACUCGGCCGGCGCCCGCCCGGAAGCUUCCUCUGGUUCCCCUCCCGCUCUCCACUUGCCCGGGGCGGUGGCUGCCUCAGUUAUUUGUACUUCCCCGAGACUCUAAUUGAGAUUGCCGCACCCCGAUGGAGGAGACAGUGUGCGUGGCCGCUGCUCCGGACCCCAGCAGCUCCGGCUCCAUGGUGAAGGAAGAGGGGACGGCUGCUACGGCUCCGGCGGCCUGUAUGGGGAUGUGAGAAGUCUCAGAAUUGAAGAUUGUGACACCUGGCUUCUAAUACCAGCAGUUUCUUUGUUCUGUGAUCAAUGUGACUCACCUGAACACUUUAGUACUUAACGAGAUGAGCCAGGAUCGUGGAAAAUAUGACUUUUAUAUUGGUUUGGGAUUGGCUAUGAGCUCCAGUAUAUUCAUUGGAGGAAGCUUCAUUUUAAAAAAGAAGGGCCUUUUAAGGCUAGCCAGAAAAGGCUCCAUGAGAGCAGGUCAAGGUGGCCAUGCGUAUCUUAAAGAAUGGUUAUGGUGGGCUGGACUUCUGUCAAUGGGAGCUGGUGAGGUGGCCAACUUUGCUGCUUAUGCCUUUGCACCAGCUACAUUAGUGACUCCAUUAGGAGCUCUUAGUGUUCUUGUAAGUGCCAUCCUUUCAUCAUACUUUCUAAAUGAAAGACUUAAUCUUCAUGGAAAAAUUGGAUGUUUAUUAAGUAUUUUAGGGUCUACUGUUAUGGUAAUUCAUGCUCCAAAAGAGGAGGAGAUAGAGACCUUAAAUGAGAUGUCACAUAAGCUGGGUGAUCCAGGUUUUGUGGUCUUUGCAACAUUGGUUGUCAUUGUGUCCUUGAUAUUAAUUCUUGUGGUGGGACCUCGCCACGGACAAACGAACAUACUUGUUUACAUAACAAUCUGCUCUGUAAUUGGAGCAUUUUCCGUCUCUUGUGUUAAAGGCCUGGGAAUUGCUAUUAAAGAACUUUUUGCAGGGAAGCCUGUGCUAAGGCACCCACUGUCCUGGAUUUUGCUGCUAAGCCUUAUACUCUGUGUAAGUACACAGAUCAAUUAUUUAAACAGGGCCCUGGAUAUAUUUAAUACAUCCAUAGUGACUCCAAUAUAUUAUGUAUUCUUCACUACAUCUGUUUUAACUUGUUCAGCUAUUCUUUUUAAAGAAUGGCAAAACAUGCCUGUUGAUGACAUCAUUGGUACUUUGAGUGGCUUCCUUACAAUCAUUGUGGGAAUCUUUUUAUUGCAUGCCUUUAAAGAUGUCAGUUUUAGUUUAGCAAGUCUGCCUGUGUCUUUUAGAAAAGAUGAAAAAGUAGUGAAUGGUAAUCUGUCCAGCUUGUAUGAAGUCUGUAAUAAUAAUGAAGGAAGCUUAGCCUGCGGAAAUGAGCAACAAACUGGUGAAAACAUCUCUAGAAGAAAUGGAAAUCUGAUGACUUUUUGAAAAUAGAUAUAAUUUUUAAAGAUUUAAUCUGUAAUUGUGUGUUUUUUGUUUUGUUUUGUUUUGCUGUAAAAUGAGCUUGUCUGAAAAUAGAAAUUAUCAUUUUAAA